UAGUUUAAUCUAGACAAUAAAUAAUCGAUCCACAAUUCGAUUGGCUAUCAUUUGUCUAUGCUGCUCCUACUGUGCAAUUAAAAUAUAUGAUUGAUACCACACUGGUAUAGAGCACCGUGGUGUAUUUAAGUUUCUACGUUGAAGCAUUUACAAUUAGCCGAAGAUUGUGCUGAUAACAAACAACGUCGUACCAGUCCCCUAAUCACUAUUUUGUUUCGUCAAUUGUAUCAAGUGAAGUUCAGAAGAGAUUUUGGCAUGGCUACACUACUUCCGCACGUAAAUAGCGUUAAAGAAAAGGCGUUGCAGACCUUUGCCGAGAAAUUCGGCGAGCAGGCCGCUGUUUGCGUGUACGCACCAGGACGUGUUAAUCUCAUCGGCGAGCACACCGACUAUAACGACGGUUUUGUACUGCCGAUGGCACUGCCAAUGAUCACGGUGAUAGUUGGAAAAUCUCACAAUGGUAAAAAAACCAGAAUUCUUUCCUUGAGUGACGUGGUCGGCGAUAUAAACGAGUUCGAAUUCGAAGCUGAGAGUCGAGCUGAUAUAAAACCGGGAGAGCCAAAAUGGGCGAACUACAUAAAAGGAUGCAUUGCCAAUUUUAUUUGUGACGUCUCCGCGUUCAAUGCUGUAAUUGUAUCGACUGUACCAGCAGGCGCCGGCCUUAGCAGUUCUGCAGCUCUAGAGGUAGCGACUUACACUUUCUUGGAGACCUUGAGUGGGAAAAAACCGGAGAAACCAGAACUGAAGGCUUUAGCGUGUCAAAAAGCAGAGCAUGAUUUCGCUGGGGUGCCAUGCGGUAUAAUGGACCAGUUUAUCUCAACUAUGAGCAAAGAAGGCUGCGCUCUUUUACUUGACUGUCGCGAUCUUAUUACUAAACAAAUACCUAUGCUGCAUCUAGAUAAUUAUGUUUUUCUCAUAACGAAUUCGAACACACCGCACAAAUUGAGUUCAAGCGCCUAUUGCGAGCGUAGAGAUUGUUGUUACGAAGCCGCGAAAAUCUUGGGCAAGAAGAGUUUGAGAGAUGCAAAUAUGAAUGAUAUUUUAGCGUUAAUAUCGCAAAAUGCAUCCGAGUCCAUUGUGAAAAGAGCUCGUCACGUGGUCACAGAAAUUCAACGAACUCUGGACGCUGCGGUGGCACUUGAGAAAAGCGACUUUCAGCAAUUUGGACGCUUAAUGAAUGAAAGUCACGAUUCAUUGCGCGACGAUUACGAAGUCUCGUCUAAGGAACUCGAUUCGCUGGUCUCGGCGGCUAGGGAAGUAGACGGUGUAUUAGGAAGCCGUUUGACAGGCGCAGGCUUCGGUGGUUGCACCGUAACUUUGUUGAGAAAGGAUGCGGUUGACAAAACGAUCCAAUAUAUGAAAGCGAAAUAUUCCGGCACGCCUACAUUUUACAUAGCGACUCCGUCCGGAGGUGCUCGAGAAAUCAGUUAGUAUUGAUAUUAAUUUCUUAAAUAUGGUAUUGUAAAUUUACAUGGACGUAGCCAGGAUUUUAUUAGGAAAAGGGGCUAAAUAUUUUAGAGAAGGACAUCGUCACCAUGUGCCAACGAACAAAUAAAAAGUUCUACAUAAUUUUUAUUUCUUAAGUCUUUUUUCCCCCAACAUUGUAAACUGAUUUUCGCAACUUACAUUUAGAAUAUUAUCGUUCUUGCAAAACUUUUCUAGAACUUCAUCUUCCUUUUUCUUUUCCAAUAUUAUUUUCUUGUGAAUACUCGUUAGGAAUAAUCUGUUUAAGCGGAUUUCACUCAUUGUUGAUCUCAAUCAUGUCUUAACCUGCCUUAAAGUGCUAAAUGCCAAUAGUACUCGUGGAACAAGGCUGUGCUAAUGAGAUUGUUAGAGCACUUUUUAUAACGGGCAUUUGAAUUUUGAAAUUAUUUUAUUAUAUUAUAAAUAUUGUACUAUAAUUUUUUGAUUCAAAAUUUGGGGGGCACGUCUCUUCCUGGCUAUG